AUGACAGAUCUAACAAAUUUAUUAAAAUCACUAAUCCGCAAUUUUCCAUUAACUUACAUAUUUUACCGUAUCUAUACUAUAUUUUCAAGUAUGCGUGGCGUUAAAGCACAACUUGAUGCAAUACGUAGAGCAAAUGAAUCUAUGGAUUGGGAGACUUACAAUGACUUGACAAAGCGACAUGAAUUUAGAAAACAAAUGAUUCUUAAUGAUAAAGUUUUGACAGAAGAGAAUAAAACCGUUGUAAUGAAAACGUUCAAUAGACUUUAUGACCACGAUAAAGUUCUUCAUAAUGAAGGAAUAAAGAGAUCUUGUGAAAAUUGUCAAGAAGAUUGUUUAGCUAUAUAUUAUUGUGAGCAUUGUAUACGAAAUUAUUUAAAAGCUAAUUUUUCUAACUGGACAUCCGAAAAUGAUGAAAUCGAUAAAUUAAUACAAAAAUAUCAAAUGGAAUCGCUCGCUCCUAAUAGAAUAGUUGAGUGGAUUCCAUACAAUAAUUUACAAAAUAUAAGAUAUCUAAAUGAAGGAGAAUUCUCUGAAAUUUAUUUGGCAACUUGGAUUAACGGAUUUUAUAAUGAAUGGGACGUUAAGAAACAACAAAUAAUUAGAAGUGGAACAUGUCCAGUGAUACUUAAGAAAUUAGAUAAUAUUGAAAAUAUAAAUGGAAAUUGGCCUGAAGAGAUCUUAACACAUUUAAAUUUAAGUAACAAAUGUAUGGAAAUUACUAGGUGUUAUGGUUUAACCCAGGAUCAAACUAAUAAAAUUAUUUUUCUUGUAAUUUCAAAAAUGGACGAGAAUUUAAAAAAUUAUGUAUCCAAAAAUCAUAAUAUACUUACAUGGAAUAAAAAAAUUUCUAUUAUGUGCGAUAUAGUUAUUUCAAUUUCUAGAAUUCAUGUUGCCAAUAUCGUACAUAAAAAUUUGCAUUCAAGGAAUAUAUUAUUAUCAUCGGGUCAAUGGUAUAUUUGUGAUUUCGAAUUUAGCAGACCGGCUAACAAACCAUUAUAUGGAAAUUUACCAUACGUAGCUCCUGAAGUUAUUAAUGGAAAAGAAUUUACUUUUGCAUCUGAUAUUUAUAGUAUUGGUAUGCUUAUGUGGGAAAUUUCAUCAGCUCAAUUACCAUUUAAUGAUUAUGAAUAUGAUUAUGAUCUUGCAAUAAAAAUAGUUAAUGGAAUGAGACCAAAUAUUAUACCAGGAACUCCUUUAGAAUACAGCAAAUUAAUAGAACAAUGUUGGGAUGCUGAUCCAUUAAAAAGACCGAAUAUAAAUACUCUUGGAAAAGAACUAAUGAAAAUCAGGAAAUCAUAUUAUCAAGAAGAGCCAAAUCAAUCAGAUAAUAAUUCUAUUAAUUCAGACAAUUUAGACAAUUUAAAUUCAAAAAAUCAUGAUGCAAGCACAAGUAAAGUUCAUUAUUUUGAAGGGACACCAGAACCUAAAAAUGUAACAGAAGAGAAACAAGAAGAUAUUAAUAAUAUAAGUUCAAACAGCAGUAGUGAGUAA